UUUCUCUAGCAAUGACAACAAAUCAACAAACUGAGCAAAUUCAAAAUAUGGGCAAAUUAUUCAAAUUACAAGGGAAAAUUGGUUUUUUAACUAAAGAAGUUUCUGAAGACGAAUAUUCUUGUGGUGGAGUUUCUCAAUCGAAUCCUUGUGGACAACAUUUAAACAAACUUUUGAGUCUGAAAGGAAUGGUUGAUUUAUUUGUUCGUGAAAUACCAGAAGAGCUGUAUCAUUCAAAAUAUAAGAAUCCUGUUGCUGUUUUUGAUAAAGGGCAACUUUCUCUAACAAAAAGCUAUAAGGAAAAACAGAUGGAAGAAGACAGAAAAGUAUCAGAAGAAAAGGAAAUUGCCGAAAAUGAGGAAAAUGAACAAAUGGAAGUUUAA